UCGGGAUAAGUACGAAGCCUGUACUCCAGGAUGUCUCGUCUCUCGUCUUGGGCGGCGACAACCAUAUGAAGUAGGUACAGAGUAAGAAGUACAGUACUUCCGACGUAUUUCUCCUCACUUUACAAGUCAACGCAUGUGAUAAUCCCGUGGUUGGAUGUCGACUGGAAAUGCUUCCCGCUAAGAAGGAAAAAACCCCCCCCAACCUUCUGACACGUGCUUCCGGCGAGGUUCCCCGUCUUUCCCCCCCUACCUUUCAUUUCGGUUCCGCUGUGACUAACGCUCUGCAUCAUGCGUUUGUUUCCUGGGUACUAGUUAUUAUUUUUCGUCUGCAGCGUCUCUAUCCUCUUUUUGAGUUUCAUUCUUGCCACUUCGCUUCUUCUCUUUCCAUACCUUUAUAUGCAAGAUAUUCCGUAAGCCUGUCUCUUUGCUGCAUCGCACUGAGGAUCAUGCCAAAAGUGCCUUCGUACGGAGUCCACCCAACGGCCCCCAGGCCAGAGAAUAAGCAUGUGCCUCGGGUAGGGUCUUGCGCCCAAGCAUGAAGUACUUGCGAUAGUUGGAGUGGGCCUCUCAAAGGUCCGGAAUGCACCUGCUUUUCAGCUGGCGCCUGUUCGAUGGGUCAUGGCCUUUUGAUUUGA